CUAUAAUCGACCAUAUAUUUUACUUAUACAUAAAUUAGACGAUUAUCCGAAGUAUAUCUUACUAUCAUAUCCCUUGAAAAUUUGAAAGUUCGUUCAGAACUCAGGACGGGGACCGGACAGCUGCAAAAUGGUACACGCUGAUGCGUCGAACUUUGCGGAAGGGGUGACGAAAGAACAGGCUUAUACGCAAGUAUUAAUACAAGCCGAAGGUCUCCUUGAUGGUCAAAGAAACUGGGUGUGCAAUCUCGCCAAUGCAGCAUCGCUAUUAUGGCAUGCCUAUAAGUCAUUACCACAUCCGAGUAGCCAGGUGAAUUGGGCAGGAUUUUACACACUCGACCCGCGGGCAACAUCAUCAAAACUGCAACUCAUCCUUGGUCCGUUCCAAGGCAAAGUAGCAUGUCAGACUAUCGCUUUCGGUAAAGGGGUUUGCGGUACAGCGGCGCAGACUCAGACAACACAGUUAAUUCCGGAUGUCGAGCAGUUCCCUGGCCAUAUCGCAUGCGAUGGGGAUAGCAAGAGUGAGAUCGUAGUUCCUAUUACGAUAGAGACCGGGACCGACGGAGAAAAGACGAGGAAAUUGGUUGCUAUUAUCGAUAUCGACUGCGCCGAUCUUAACGGAUUUGAUGAGGUGGAUAAGAAGUAUUUAGAGCAAUUGGCAGAAUUGCUCGGGCGAAGCUGUGAUUGGUAAUAACUGGCGGGAACACGAAGUUAUUCGCUGUUGAUAUGACUAAAGGCUCAGCCACCCCCAAUAGUAACGAUUUAGGAAUCCACGAUCAGACAAGCUG